UUGUGAUUUCAUGAAUUCAGUGGCUGCAGAGAUUUAGUACCAUGUAUCAAUGAUUAUGAUUUUGUGCUGUAAAUUGUGAAAGGAACAUAAUGCCUGGAUCAAAGCGGGGCCUUGUAGCCCCACAAAACACAUUCCUCGAGAACAUCAUACGAAGAUUCAGUGGGCAACAUUCGAGCUUCAUGCUCGCAAAUGCCCGGAUCGUGGACUACCCGAUCGUAUUCUGCAACGACGGCUUCUGCAAACUGUCCGGAUACAACCGGGCGGAAGUGAUGCAGAAGAGCAGCACGUGUAGCUUCAUGUACGGUGACCUCACGGACAAGGCGACCAUCAAGAAGCUCGAUGACGCAUUCGAGAGCCUUAAGCAGGAACAGGUGGAGAUAUUGCUAUACAAGAAGAAUAGAUCCCCUCUAUGGCUUCUACUAAACAUGGCUCCGAUCAGGAACGAGAAGGACCAGGUGAUACUUAUCCUUUGCUUCUUCAAGGAUAUCACCGCCCUCAAACAACCGAUAGAGGACGACAAUGCCCGAGGGAUGAGCAAGUUCGCUCGCCUAGCAAGGUCAGUAACUAGGAACCGGUCUACAAUUCUUCAGUUCUCGUCCAGCGUUCCCAGCAUGCGGUUCGAGACGUCUAAGCCAUCACAGAUUGCAAAUAUGAUGAAUCUGAACGCGGAACUCCUUCCACAAUAUCGCCUGGAGGCCCCAAAGACGCCACCUCACAUCAUCUUGCACUACUGCCUUUUCAAGACCAUCUGGGACUGGCUCAUAUUGGUCCUCACCUUUUAUACCGCCGUCACCGUCCCCUACAACUCGGCUUUCAGGGGUAAAAACUUGGACCAAGUCCCUAUGCUUGUCGUUGACAGCAUUGUAGACGUUGUGUUCUUUGUUGACAUUGUGCUAAACUUUCAUACGACGUUCGUUGGAGCGAGCGGUGAAGUGAUAUCGGACGCGAAGAUCAUACGAAUGAACUAUUUAAAGAGCUGGUUUGUGAUUGAUCUCCUCUCGUGUUUGCCCUACGAUGUCUUCAACGCAUUCCAAGACGUGGAUGAGGGUAUCAGUACCUUAUUUAGUGCGUUAAAAGUAGUCCGGCUCCUACGGCUGGGAAGAGUCGUUCGUAAGCUGGACCAUUACCUGGAGUAUGGAGCCGCGAUGCUGAUCAUGCUGAUCCUCUGUUUUGUCUUGUUUGCCCACUGGUUCGCCUGUGCCUGGUACUCGAUUGGCAACGCGGAGAUCAAGGCCGGGAUCAAGUACGGCUGGCUUUCGAUGCUCUCUAAUGUAACCGAUGAACCGUACUAUUAUUCCAACGCUACGGGUGACAUUAUAGGCGGUCCGGCUAAAGGCCUUAAGUAUAUCAGUGCCCUGUACUUCACGCUGUCGUGCAUGACUGGAGUCGGCUUUGGGAAUAUCCAUGCAGCCACUGAGUCGGAGAAGAUAUUUUGCGUGUUCCUGAUGAUUACUGGUGCUCUUCUCUAUGCCCUUAUCUUCUCAAACGUGACUACAAUCUUCCAACAGUUCUAUGCCAGCUUUGCGCGUUAUCAUGACAUGCUCAACAGCGUCCGGGCGUUCAUGAAACUACAUGAUGUUCCGAAAUCUCUCGGCGAACGUGUCAUGGACUACAUCGUUUCCACCUGGGCAAUCACAAAGGGAAUCGACGCGGCCAAGGUGUUGAACUACUGCCCAAAGGAUAUGAAAGCCGACCUCUGCAUACACCUAAACCGGAAAGUCUUUCUAGAACAUCCGGCGUUCCGCCUGGCAAGCGACGGCUGCCUUCGGGCAUUGGCGAUGCAAUUCACUAUGACACACAGCGCGCCGGGCGAUCUCAUAUUCCACCAAGGAGAGUCACUCGACGCCCUGUGUUUCGUCAUUUCCGGUUCACUUGAAGUAAUUCAGGACGAAGAAGUUGUUGCAAUACUAAGUAAAGGCGACGUGUUUGGGGAUAAUUUCUGGAAAGAAGGCUCAUACGGCCAGUCAACGGCGAAUGUUCGCGCCCUGACCUACUGUGACCUUCACACCAUCAAACGGGAACGUCUGCUGGAAGUUCUAGAGUUCUACCACGCCUUCGCGAACUCGUUCGCCCGAAACCUAACCCUCACGUACAAUCUACGACACAGGAUUAUAUUCCGAAAGGUGUCAGACGUAAAAAAAGAAAAAGAACUUGCGGAGAAACGCAAAAACGACCCACCGCUCGAGCUAUCAAAUGAUCACCCAGUUCGAAAACUGAUUUCAAGAUUUCGAAAAAUGGGCGACAAUAAAUCUGGCAAUGCUGGAGAUUUAGAUUUAGAAACAGGUGGGCCAAAAUUGUCUACUACGGAUCGCCCGGCUAGUGGACCGACGAAAGUGAUAAACGUUAGUGAAAAUUCGAGUGGUGCCAACGGUGUACCUAAGCUUGGUGGUGGUGCCGCCAAAUGGGGAAGAUUGUUGGGGGCGAGUAACGAACUAAAAAGCAAUAAUAAAGCUGCGUACAAAUUACCAGAAAGAAGUGCCCAAGAAGAGUUUCUAAAAAAUGCAUCGGGAUUUUCUGUAGGUAUUCAGGAGACCGCGUUUAUAAGAAACGACACAAAACUGAGGAAAGUGAUGGAUACUCAGCCAUCGCCUAUAGACGAAUCACCUGAAAUAGAUGAGAGAAAUAAUUUGAAAAAGACUGAAUCGCUUGAUAGUGGAAUUCUCAAAAGUAAUAAAACUCUCGAUCAGAUCAGUAACAGUUCGGAUGGGUCAAAUUGCAGUCGACAUCAGCAGCAUAACACUGCGUUAUCAUUCGCGGAACAGCAAAUGCUGACCUCGCUGUAUGAUAUAAAGCUCGAAUUUAAGGAGGAGAUGGAACUUAUGCACCAAAAAAUGAAUCGAAUAGACGAGCAGAUAUCUGAGAUUCUGCGCAUGUUUUCUCCAACGAUGUCCAAUUGUUCGUCCCAAAGCGCGUCGUGUUCGUGCCCUAACGACUGUGUUAAUUUAACGACGGCGCAUAACACGGUAUCAAACAGCGUUGAUCCGUCGCCCAAAACGUCUACGUCGUCUUCGCCCCAGAGGGUUUCCAUAGAGGAGGAAUCCUCCGAUAGUGUUCACGAAUCCGAACUAGCUAACAUGUGUGAGGAUGUAAUUAAUAUUGACGUUCGCAAGCCCCCACACCAUGUCAGUCACGCACGGAGAUUCAAACGCACACAGAAUGACGCACACAAAUCGCCAAACCAGUCACACAAUCACAAAGCACCAUCAUCGUCCGCGAUAUCGUCUUCUCCAGUGACCGAAAAUCGUUCCUCGCCAGGUCACAACAAACCAAGUAGCUUGAAAAGGAACCGUGUCUCUCCAGAGACAUCCAUAUUAGAUAAACAUAGAAAAUCAGGUGUGGAUCAGGAAGGGGUUAUGGUCAGUACGGACAACGAGGCUGCCUUGACCACUCGGGAUAUUGAGGUCCCUAUUAGGGAUCAGGACCUUGAUAUUCUAUGACGUGAAACGGUUUCUGUGAAACGUUUGCGAAACAUGCCUUGGCUUAAUCCAGCUUCACUUGCACGACAUUGUAUUUACAAACUGUGCACAUAAUCAUCGAGACCAUCAUCCACAUCCACAUUCACAUCAAAAUCAUCAGCAUCAUCAUCAUCAUCAUCACCAUCAUCAUCAUCAUCAUCAUCAUCAUCAUCAUCAUCAUCAUCAUCAUCAUCAUCAUCAUCAUCAUCAUCAUCAUCAUCAUCAUCAUCAUCAUCAUCAUCAUCAUCAUCAUCAUCAUCACCAUCAUCAUCAUAAUAGUUACAACUAUAAUGACUAUGAUUAUAUGAUUUUGUAUGUUAAAUAGUUAAUGGAUAUAGAUAUGUAAAUAUUGUGAGACACUUCCUUCAAUUUUCAAACGCGAACGACAUUACAUUCCAGUAUGUGAAUCGAUUCCUAAGACAUUCCGAUGGUCCGGUCCUCGUGUGUGUAUUCCUUUCUAUCGAAGAACUGAAAUUACCUCUUAAACAUUGAUUGCAAAAAUAAAUUCACAGCACGGCAAAGAAAAACAUGUUAAAUUUUAAACAUCGUGCACAUUAUCCAAUAAUACGCGAUAAUAAGUUGUUUUAUUCGACAAAGUCUACGAAUGACCCUUGUCCACUGUGGGUUGGCUUUUUCUUUAAUUCAUCAUAACAAUGACAAUUUUUAUUAAUCGUUGUAGGAUUUACCAACUUCCAUUUCUUAUUUGGCUACGGACCCGCAAAACUGUGUAUAUGCUCAAGUAGGGAAUGGCAUCAUUCAUCAAGGAAAUAUAGAAAACGCGUUAUUACGCAACAUGUACAGGUAUAUUGCAUCCGCAAUAUUUCAAGCAAAUAAUAAAGUUAACGGUAAACCAUUCCAUGUUACAGACACAACAAGAGAUUGCCAAGCAAUAUGGUCCCCUACCGGUAAAACUCCACCAUUGUCAGAAUGUUUUUAUUUUUGUUGUAUAUAUUUGUUACCAUAGCAACCAGAAUUUUUGUCGUAUAAACAAAAGGAAAAGACGUGCAUAAUCUCCAUAUUGUCAUUUAUCCAUGUUUCAAAAACAUGAAAAAAUAUGAAGAACUCUUAAAGUUAUCGCAGGAUCCACUAUUUUCAGCAUUAUUUCUAGUCUUUUUGUUAAUAUUUCUAGUCUAUUUGUUGCCAUAGCAACCAUAAUUCUCGACGUAGGAACAAGAUGAAAGGACGUGCAUAAUCUCCAUAUUGCUAUCUAUCCAUGUUUAAAGUUUUAUGAACAAAUAUGAAGAACUUUUAAAGUUAUCGCAGGAUCCAGAAAAAUGUGACAGACAGACUGACUGACUAACAGACAGAGCGCCAACCAUAAGUCCCCUCCGGUGAAACCGGUAAGGACAAAAGCAUUUACGGUAAAAUGAGUACAUGUUUAUAUUUAGAAAACACACACGAGUUUUGUACAGCACGUUCCGCAGCGGAAUUUCACUCGAAACUUUUUAAGGACGCCAAAGAUCAUUUUAUCUAUUAUCAUUUCAAAAUACGCCUGUUCACUUCAAUAAAUGCAAUAAUAUUUUGCAUUUCUAUGAUGUAAUGACGAGCGACUCGUGCUUGAAGAGGCAAAAUUAUUGUGUUUUUUUGUAAUUUAAAAGAAAUUGCUGUUUCCGUGCUUUAAUUGAUUGAGAAACAGUCGCUGCUCGGGUGCCCAGGAGGUUUCCUCAUUUUCUGAACGUCUAGCAAUAUCAAUAAAGCUUGUGAUUGUUUUAAUCGCCAUUAAUAAUUUAGCAAUUUCAAUAAGUUUGCGGCUGAAUUUACUCAUUUUUAGGUUCGUACGUCGAGAAUGAAAAACGAUUAUCAACGCUGGCCGAACAUAAUGGACACAACAUAAAAUGUUCAUUUAUGUUUUUACAUCUCAGUACAGUUGUUUUGUAAGGUGUACUAAAGCUUAUAUAUGGAACGUGUUUACAACGCACGUCUUUGUCAUUCUGUUUAAUUAAUUCGUUAAUAACUAGUGUUGUAAUAAUGUCCAUGUAAAAACUAUGCCCAACUGUUGAAUACUAUAUUUUGCAGAAAAAUACAUUCCUUGUUGUUCCAUAUCAUAAAUUAUCAUAUUUAUUGCGCUUUGUAUUUCCGAUUGUUGCACAUUUGUACAAAUAAGCAUAUGUUUUUAUUAUUUAUUAUUACUCAUACUGUCUAUUGUAAUUAUGUUCGUUCUUUCUCAAUGAUAAGCAUGAUUUAAUCAAUGGAAGACAAUAAUCUUGGCAUGUAACAAUCCAUUUGCUGGAUUACGAAUCAACUUCCAUGGUAGUUUUUGUCGUUUUCUUAUAAAUAAUAUUGUUUUUAUUACAUUUGAUACACUGGGUUCAAUGUUGUAGAACUGAAACCAAAUUUUAUUUUGCACCGUCAAAAGCUUGUUUUCUUUCUAAAAUUGCAAGGUUUUACAAAUAAUAAUGACGUUAUAAAACUUGGCAUUUACAAAAUGAGUUUCGAUUUCCGUUGGCUUUUGUAAAAUGAGUUUCGAUUUCAAGAACAAAUUGAAUGCACAUCCGCUUCCAUUGAACGCAUGCACAUGUGAAUCGAAUUUAACGAUUGCUUGUGAUCAAGUUAUUUUCAUCGUUAUUCAUGUUUUCGUUAUUGACUGAAUGACAAUAAAUAAUAAU